AUUAUUAUAAAAAAAUGGAUUAUAGAUUUGGUAACAAUUCCACUACACUGAAAAGAGAACCAAUAAAAUAUAAUGUUUCGGAAUUAUCAUCUGAAUUAGAUGAUGGUUAUGUAUGUCCAAUUUGUUUUGAAAUAUAUUAUAAAAAAGAGGUUUACCAAUGUAAAAAAGGUCAUUGUUCAUGUAAAGAAUGUUGGGAAAAAUCACUUGAAAUAAAAAAAGAGUGUAUGCAAUGUAAAGAUCAAGUAAAGUCAUUAAAUAAACUACCAAGAGCAAGACAAGUUGAAACUUUGUUGAUGGGAACUGGUGUAUGCUGUCCAUAUUCAUUCAUAAAUAUUCUUAGAGUAGAUGAUAAUGAAGAGUUAAUAAAAGAUAAUGAAGGAUGUAAAGAAAUUAUUAAAUUGGAAAAUUUAGAUAAUCAUAUUGAAAAAUGUAGUUUUAGAUUUGUAAAAUGUGAAUAUCAUGAAAAAGGAUGCAAUGAAAAAAUCAGAUACUGUAAUGGUGAUUCUCACAUUCUCCGAUGUGAAUACCAAACAUUAAAUUGUGAAUAUUGUUCUAAUGGUUACUUAAAAAAAACAAUCGAACAACAUAAUCUCGAAUGUCCCUCGAAGUUACAAGACUGUUCUGGAUGUAAUAAAAAAUUUAAAAGAGCAGAAAUGAAUUAUCACUUGGAUAAAGAAUGUCCAGGGGCAAUUAUCCCAUGUAUAUGUUCACAAUUUGGAUGCAAUUACAAAAUAAAAAGAGAAAAUUUAGAAAAUCAUUUAGAUCAAAUAGACCACACAAAACAAUUACUUAAAAUGGUAGAAAGUUUAACAAAUAAAAAUAAUCAACUUUCAAAUUGUAUUGAUGAAUUAACUAAAGGUAAGGAACUCUUGAUUUCAAAAAUAGAAAAUUUAACCUUUAAUAAUAAACUACUUUCAGAUAGAAAUGAUGCGUUGUCUAAAGUUAAUUAUAAAAAAAAAUGGAUUAUUUCAAACUAUUCCGAAAAUUCUGAUAAUAAAGAAUGUUUUAAAACUCAAUUUGGAAAUCAAAAUGAGUUUCUUUUAUAUUUUACUAAUGGAAAAAAAAAACAUAUCUAUUUUACAGGUGUAAAAAAUACACUCUUAAUAACUUUAUUAAAUAAAGAUCCUCAAAAUAACUACACUUGUCCAUUGGAUAAAGAUUUAUCAAAUAAAGAUGCAAAUGUGUUCGAGAUUGAUUUGGAAUUAAAUAAAGAAAAUGGAUAUGUAACACAAGAUGACAAAGUUGAAUUUGAAUUUACACUUAAAUAUCCUGAACAAAUACCAUUGUUAUCAAACUAAAUUUCAAAUUAUUCAAUUAAUUAUAUAUAAUCCUUUUUCAUAUUUUAUACCAUCAUAAAGUUUAUUUAAUAAAAUAAAAGUUUUCACAUUUACAUAAUAU